AACUCAAUUCGACACUCUUUUCAACAAACAACAAUGUUAUCUUUCGACGACUACCUCGAUGACAACGUAUUUUCAUUCGACAUUCACUCUUUAGAUCCAAUAGACGAUUUCACAACAACUUCCUUCGAUGGUAGCCACAACCCAUUUUGCUUCGACUGGAUAGUACAACAGUCACAGGCCUAUCAACCACCAACUAUGGCAAAGGAUGAGUUCUGCGUCAACCCUUCCUUAGCAACCAGCAUCCCAUCAUCCUACACGACUUAUGCGGAGUCAGAAUCCACCACGAUGUCUAGCUCAGCAUCAGCUUCACAAUCAGUUACACUUUCUCCUGCUAUGACUGAAACCUCAAUCGAUUUCCAAAACACAAUGGAUAGACUCGGUUCAAGUGCAGGCUCAUCUUCUAGCGCAAGUAGCUCUGAGGAAUCACAGGCUGGUCCUAUCAGAAAGUUCAAGUGUCCAAUUUGUCCAAGAGCUUUCGCCAGACAGUUCAACUUGAAGCAACACAUCCACACCCACGAUCCAGAUAGAAUUAAACCACAUGAAUGCACAUACAACGGAUGCGGAAGACGUUUCUCAAGAAAGCACGAUUUGGUUAGACAUGCUCAAUCAAUUCAUGGUGUUGCUGGUCCACCUACAAAAUCAACGAAGAAACAAUCCCCUCAAGCGAUCGCUGACAUGAUUGCAAAAAGACAAAACGCUAGAAAGAAAACUACCGCUUAAGUCUUUCGGUGCAAUUCUUUAUAACAUUCUCACAGACACUGUGAUGGCUCAACUUUCUAAACGCCAGAGAUACCACUCUGUUCUUUUUUGAAAGCGAUAGGUCAUUUUGCUCUGUCAAUCCCUUCAACCUCGUCGAGCCGAUUGAUAUAAUCAAAAUGAUAAUUCUUUCACUUUCAUUAAGCUUUCACUCAUUAGUUUCUAGUCUCUACAAUUAUUCUUUCAAACCCUCCCCCCUGCCCGUGGUUAUAACGGUUUUUCUUCUCAAUUUUAUAGACAGUGGCUAACGUUAUAGUCACCUUGAGCAGGCAAUCGGGUAUGCAUUUUUAAAAGCCACAAAAUAUAUAAAGGAAAAUUUCUUCUCUUUCUUUUUUAUAUCGCAAUCACGCAUUUUGUAGAUUUUUUUACAUUGACG